AGCAGCCCAGGAAUGCCAGGAUUUUAAGUCGGAGGCCACUUUUCCCUUAAAGGGCAUGUUAAUGGCCUCAGCGUGCCAGAGUAGCCAUGCUGGCCAUCUGGAAAUGCGCAAGAGAAGCCGAAAAGUGCUUCCUUUAAGUGAAAAGAUGAAAGUCCUCGACUUAAUAAGGAAAGAAAACAAAUCGUAUGCUGAGGUUGCGAAGCUUUACAGCAAGAACGAAUCGUCUAUCCGUGAAAUUGUGAAGAAGGAAAAUGAAAUCCGCGCCAGCUUUGCUGUCGCGCCUCAGACGGCCGAAAUGACAGCCACGGUGCGAAAUAAGUGCUUAGUAAAGAUGGAGAAGGCGUUAAGUUUGUGGGCGAAAGACAUGACCAGAAAACAAAUUCCGGUUGACGGCAACGUGUUGCGGCGCAAAGCAUUGAGCUUAUACGAAGACUUCUGCAAGGGAUCGCCUCAAACGAUAUAUUCCAAGCCAUUUACUGCGAGUAAGGGAUGGCUACACCGGUUCAAGAAGAGGUUUGGACUGAAAAAUGUCAAAUUUACCGGAGAGGCUGCGUAUGCCCACGAAGAAGGCGCUGCUACAUUUCCGGCGGCGUUGCAGAAGUUGAUUAAGGAGAAAGGCUACCAUCCAAAGCAAGUCUUCAAUUGCGACGAAUCCGAGCUCUUUUGGAAGAAGAUGCCCAACAGAACCUUCAUUCAUAAAAACGCAAAGGUGGCCCCCGGGCACAAAACGUGGAAGGAGAGAUUGACUCUGGUCCUCUGCGGCAACGCUGCGGGGCACAUGAUAAAGCCAGGCGUAGUGUACAGAUCGAAGAACCCCCGGGCUCUCCAAAACAAAAACAAACAUUAUCUGCCCGUGUUCUGGCAGCACGAAAAGAAAGUGUGCGUGACCACCAUCGUCUUUAUGGAAUGGUUCCACCAGUGCUUCGUCCCGCAAGUGAAAAAAUACUUGGAAGAGGAAGGGUUGGAAUUUAAUGUCCUGUUAAUAAUAGAAAAUGCCCCCGGUCAUCCUGAAUCUGUUUGCUAUGAAAACGACAAUGUCGGGGUUGUGUUUUUACCUCCAAAUACAACCUCGGCGCUCCAGCCCCUUGACCAAGGCGUCGUUCGGUUUGUCAAGGCCACGUACACCCGCCUGGUGUUAGAGCGCAUUAUAUCAGCAAUGAAUGCGGACCCUGAUGUGGACAUCAUGCAGUGCUGGAAAUCAUUCACUAUUGCCGAUGCAAUCAUGUUCAUCAAAGCUGCAAUGGACGAAUUAAAGCCUGAAAUAGUAAGUGCCUGCUGGAAAAACUUAUGGAGCGAAGUGGUGGAUAAUUGUAAGGGCUUCCCAGGGAUCGAUGGAGAGGUCAGGAAAAUCAUUCACGCAGCAAGACGAGUUGGUGGAGAAGGAUUUACUGACAUGCUUGAGGAAGAAGUGGAAGAACAUAUUGAUGGCCACCAGGAAGGGUCAAUGAGUGAGGAACUGGAAGAGCUUGUUAACUCAUGUACAGAGGAAGGGGAAGAUGACGACGAUGAAGAAAGUGAAGCAGAACCAGCAAUGUGGACAUUACCCAAAUUUGCCGAAGUGUUUCGGAUUGCACAGACAUUAAAGGACAAAAUUAUGGAAUACGAUCCUUGGAUGGAACGCAGCAUUGAAGUCACCCGGAUGAUCACCGACGGAUUGCAACCUCUGCAGCAACACUUUGAUGAGCUAAAAAGAAAGAGACAAAAAUUUCCGAUUAGAACGUUCUCCCAAAAGGGUUUGGCCAAAAAACGUCCGGCGCCCCGACAACUGAUAUUGUCAGCGUCUGCACCAUCAACAUCAUCAUAGCAUGAUGAUCCAGGGUCACCUAAAGCGGAUGAUCCUCCUCCUGAUGUAUCCAAGAUUUUGCAGAUAAAAACCAAGAUAUGUGUGGCCAAGCAACACCAGAGUGCUGUCAAGACGGCAAAAGUUAUCAAUGUGGCUGCAUCCUCACUGCAGAAAUAAUCCAGUUUGGCAGAUUUUUAACUGCCGUGGCUCAGUGCUAUAGAAUUCUGGAAUUUGUAGCUUGUUGUGGCACCAGAGCAUAGCUACAAAUUUGGACAACAAAUUACACAACAAAGUACAAGAUCCCAGAAUUCCAUAUCAUUGAUUCAUGGCAGUUGAAAUGGUGUCAAACUGGAUUAUUCCUGUAGGUGCAGCCAUAGUCUAGGAGAGGCUGCAGUGAUUUGCUUUUGUGGGAGUUUUCUGGGAAGGGCAAAAUCCCACUCCCUCCUCUACUCCCUGCUAAAUUAGUUCGGCAUAAACUACUUUUACGCUUUGGACUCAGGCUGUAUUUACACUGCAGAAUUAAUGCAGUUUGAGACCGCUUUAACUGCCAUGGCUCUUUGCUAUGAAAUGCUGGGAGUUUGAUGAAAUAUUUAGCCUUCUCUAUCGGAAAGCUCUGGUGCCACAACGGACUACAAAUCCCUGGAUUUCAUAUGAGGGAGCCAUGGCGGUUAACCCAGUGUCAAACUUCAUUCAUUCCACAGUGUAGCAACAGCCCUAGGUUGCAUCAACUGAAGCAAAGUGAAGGCAAAGGGAGAAAAUGGGUAGGAUGAGAGAGACACUGGGACAUUUUUAAAAGCACCUCAAAAGUCCCACUCUGUUCUGUUUUGGACAGACCUCAUCUGGAAUAAUGCAUCCAGUCCUAGGCACCACAGUUCAAGAAGUGUAUUGACAAGCUGGAACAUGAAGGCCGACCAAGAUAUAUAUCUAGAUGUAUACUUAUAGUUUUACAUUUUAUUGUUCUUGAUUUCAAUUCUGUAUGUUUGAUGUUCCACCCUUUGGUGGAAAGGGUGUCAAAAAUGAACAUUUUUGUUGCUGUUGAUGAUGGUACAGCCAGCCCUCCUUA